AUGAAUUCCAAUAGCAUUAGUACACACUGGUAUCACCGUGCUCUGUGGAAUCAAAGUAUCUACCUACCAUCCAAACCUCAAGGCUUCAUAUCUCGAUCCUCUCCCCUCUCCCACCGUAGGAUAUCUGUCAACGAGUCCGUGCGAGAGGCGGGGGUGUUUGUGGUGCAAACGGGGUCUCCCAAUGUGAAUGAUAUGUUGAUGGAGUUGAUGUUCUUGCUCACCACGUGCAAGGCCAAGAGUGCGGCGUCGGUGUGUGCAGUGGUACCGCACUUCCCGUACGCCAGGCAG